AUGGAGCUGAGGGUCGGGAACCGGUACCGGCUGGGCCGGAAGAUCGGCAGUGGCUCUUUUGGGGACAUCUAUUUAGGCACUGACAUAGCAGCAGCUGAGGAAGUUGCAAUAAAGCUAGAAUGUGUGAAGACGAAACACCCCCAGCUCCACAUCGAGAGCAAGAUCUACAAGAUGAUGCAAGGAGGAGUGGGAAUCCCUACCAUAAAGUGGUGUGGAGCAGAAGGUGACUAUAAUGUCAUGGUCAUGGAGUUGCUGGGACCAAGCCUGGAAGAUCUCUUCAACUUUUGCUCCAGGAAAUUCAGCUUGAAAACCGUACUGCUGCUAGCAGACCAGAUGAUUAGUCGCAUUGAGUACAUCCAUUCCAAGAACUUCAUUCAUCGAGAUGUCAAGCCAGAUAACUUUCUAAUGGGCCUCGGCAAGAAAGGAAAUCUGGUCUACAUCAUAGAUUUUGGCCUUGCGAAGAAAUACAGAGAUGCCCGCACACACCAGCAUAUACCCUAUCGCGAAAACAAGAACUUAACCGGCACCGCAAGAUAUGCCUCCAUAAACACUCACCUGGGCAUAGAACAAUCUCGCAGGGAUGAUCUGGAGUCCCUCGGCUACGUGCUGAUGUAUUUCAACCUGGGCUCCCUGCCAUGGCAAGGACUGAAAGCUGCCACCAAGAGGCAGAAAUAUGAACGCAUCAGUGAGAAAAAGAUGUCAACGCCCAUUGAGGUCUUAUGUAAAAGUUACCCUUCUGAAUUUGCCACCUACCUGAACUUCUGUAGAUCUCUACGUUUCGAUGACAAGCCAGACUAUUCUUACUUGAGGCAGUUAUUCAGGAAUCUGUUCCACCGCCAAGGCUUCUCCUACGAUUAUGUGUUUGACUGGAACAUGCUGAAAUUUGGGGCAAGUCGUGCUGCUGAAGAUGCAGAACGCGAACGGAGAGAGCGAGAAGAGCGUCUAAGACACACACGGAACCCCGCAGCCCGAGGCCUGCCCUCCACUGCUUCAGGUAGACUAAGAGGCACCCAGGAAGUCACUCCACCAACUCCACUCACUCCAACCUCUCACACAGCAAACACUUCACCACGACCUGUUUCUGGUAUGGAACGCGAGCGCAAAGUCAGCAUGAGGUUACAUCGUGGCGCUCCUGUUAACGUGUCGUCAUCUGAUCUUACCGGCAGACAAGAUACCUCCCGCAUGUCAACCUCACAGAUUCCAAGUCGGGUGGCUUCCAGCGGUUUCCCUUCCACCGUGCACCGAUGA